GCGCAAUCGUUCUCAGCUAUCAAAGCUCCCUAGGACCUCUUGCUCCGUUACUCCUCCUCCUCCUCCUCCUCCUCCUCCUCUGUCACGGCGGUUAUUGUCCCUACUAAUACACCCACCCCAUCCCGCCUGCCAUAAAGAUCCCGUCUCUCCGCCCGUCCGCCACCCCUCGUUCAUCCUCCCUCCUUUCAUCUCGCAUCAUUCCCGACGUACCCCGUAGUUUGGUAAUCCACCUCGAUCCUCUUCUGUCUGGCGGGAAUUCAGAUGUAAACACGUUAUCCAUGCCCCUCGAAAUCCGCCCGCCGCAACCGGUAGCAGGUUCGCACUCUGCCGGCCGUCCUCGCCAUCACCACCCGAAGCGAUGGGUAUGAGCUGGACCGCAUUCCUCCUGACCUACCUCUUUGGUGGCGUCACCUUGAUCCCCUUGCUCGUCGUCCUCGUACUCUUCCACGCCCACCUCACAUUUCCCGUUCGCGACAGCGAGAGCAGCUCGGGCCGUAAAGAUGACGAGAACGACCCCGGAAGCAUCGUGCAGCCGGGCGACGACACGACUGCCCUCCGAGAUGCCCAGAAGGAAGAGUCUAGGCAGCGCCUCCUCGCUGAGUCUGACGUAGCCGCCGGCUACUUCGCCGUCUGUCGUGAAUACGUCCCCAUGGGCAUCAAUGCCAAACCGAUCGAGCGUUCCACCCCCGUCGGGUCUACGACCGUCGCUGCACCGAGCCAGAGCGUCUAUCAAGCCAUGUACAAGAGCAUAUUCGACAGAAAGCAGAACCCGGAUCCUCUCGGUGACAACAACAAGGGCGGCAGCCAACGGCCCAAGAAGGCGGGGAAUGUGUUCUACGUCGUACUGAGGCACGGCUACUUGAUGUUAUUCGACGACGACGAGCAGCUCGAGGUGAGGCACGUCAUCUCCCUCGCUCAUCACGAUGUGAGCAUAUACUCUGGAGGCGAUCGCACACCCGAGGGCGAACUGUUCAUCAAACGGAAUGCCCUGUGCCUGAGCAGGAAGAUUGAUGGGAAAGAAUUAACCCCCGAUACCCAACUAUCGAAACCGUUCUACCUGUUCUCCGAGAACUGCUCUGCCAAAGAAGACUUCUAUUUCGCGUUACUCCGAAACCAGGGACAGGCCUUUUCUGGCCCGAAUUUGGCGCCGAAUCCCCAGCGGUUUGAUGUGAAGAACAUCAUAUCGUUGGUUCAGAAGCUGCAUUCGUCAGAGGAGCACCUGCACACUCGGUGGCUGAAUGCAUUCUUGGGAAGGAUAUUUCUCGGUAUCUACAAGACCAGGGACAUCGAGAACCUUAUAAGGGAGAAGAUCACGAAGAAGAUAUCCCGUGUUAAUCGACCGUCGUUCCUCUCGAGGGUAACACUCCAAAACGUCACCACCGGGGACGCGGCGCCUUAUUUUAUGAACCCCAGGCUUAAGGACUUCAGCGUUGAGGGGGAAUGUGGGAUGGAGGUUGACGUCAAAUAUACUGGGAACUUCAGGCUGGAGGUAGCUGCUACGGCGCGUAUCGACCUCGGUCCCCGGUUCAAGGUCCGGGAGGUCAACCUUGUCCUCGCUGUAGUGUUGAGGAAGCUCGAAGGACAUAUCGCUUUCAAGAUCAAGCCCCCGCCGAGUAACCGGAUAUGGUUCUCUUUCCAAUCCAUGCCCAAGAUGGAGAUGACUAUCGAGCCCAUCGUGAGCUCAAGGCAGAUUACUUACACGGUUAUCCUUCGACAGAUCGAGAACAGGAUCAAGGAGGUGGUGGCCGAAACCCUUGUAGCGCCAUUCUGGGACGAUGUUCCUUUCUUCAAUACCGAGCACAAGCAAUGGCGCGGGGGGAUAUUCGAGGGAGACGAUGCAGUUGAGCAUUCGCCCGAUCACGAAGCCAUCGCUGCUCAGCUCGGGAACAUAGACGAACUUAGUCAGAUCGAAGAGGCCAACACCGAUUCCCCUCCCGAGCUCACUUCACUGGAGAAGAGCCAUACCAUGCCUAUCACGGAAGCACCCCAGACAUCAGGAUUCUGGGCUAGGAGACUCAGUAUCAAGAAAAACUUACAAAGCGAACCCAAUUUAGGCGCUUCCGCAUCUACAACGACUCUCGAUUCGAAGAGCUCGCGAAGUUCCAUUUCGGACGUGCAGCGUCCCCUGCGCUCGGGAUCCCUCUCAGCUUCGGGUCCCUUUUCAAGUGCGGACCUUGCGCAUGCCGACGUUCUCGGGCCGGCGAGCCCCCUAGAUCGUGAUGGGGCUGCUGGCGCAACGGCAGGCGUUUCUUCGAGGUCGAAGAAUACUUCGCCCGCACAAACACCUGUAACUCCAUCCUCAAACCCAUUCUUAGAUGCGCCAUCCGUCAAUGGCUUCUCGAACUCAUCAACCGAAGCAAUCCCCGAAGUACAUGAGGAAGAUGAUGAUGCGUCGACGACACACGGGAGACGCCACACUACCUCUUCCGUAGGGAGCAACGAGAGCAAUGGCGUGCCGAGUUCACCCGCACUAUCUAGAACAGGAUCUGUUAAAAGCGGUACCGCUUCGAUAGGCAGAGGUUUCUUUUCCCGGAAAGAACCGCUCACACCGGCUCCUACGAAUGGUCCCCCCGAAAACAAGCGAAACACUCUGGCUGCCAUGUCCAACGCCGCUGCGACAGCAAAGCGAUGGGGUCUAAACGCGAUACAGCGACAGAGUGAUAGAAACGGCAACGGAAGAAAAGUACCUGAGCCUCUUGUAGACCUCAACCAGCCUAUGGGACGCGGCCAACCUCUCCCACCUCCUGGAACUCCGCUUCCCGGGCCAGCGCAAAAGAGCUCGCCAAUCCUCGUGCCGAAGCGGAAGCCGGUCGCCCCUCCUCCGCCGUCGCUCGCACGUCGGAGCACGGAGAAUCUCACCAACAAUAUCAAUAUGACGCAUAUCGAGCGGAGGCCGGUGCCAGCGCCCCCUUUGCCGAGGCGGAGACGGGUCUCGCAGAUCCAUUCCCACGAGAACAACGAGAUCGAGAACGUGCUCGUGGUCGCUGCGCCGGCCGACUCGGAGCCGAACAGUCCACUACCGGUGGACGAGUCAACGGCAACGACGUCUUCGUACAUACAGCCGUGGGUAGAAGACGCGGAGCUAAACGCGAGCAGCGAGGAGCUAAUAUCAACGGAAGCAGGAGGCAGCAGCCAGGGGAAGUAUCCGCCGGAGCUACCGCCGAGGGGGACGGAGGAAGGCGGUGGCAAUAGCAGUAGAAAUCACAUCAAUAGCGGCGCGUAUCAGCACGAGGAACAGUGGCGACAGCUGCAGCAACUCAAUGAGGAAGAGGGAAUACGGGGGGAAGCGGGAGAGUACGAGGAUGACGACGAAGACGGCUACACAAGCUGGGUAGAUAACCCGGGGAUCAGCCCCAGCGAAGACGACGGCAGCGGCAGCGGCAACGUCGUCAGGGUGGGACGGUAGGUACAAUACUGCCCAACUAUGACUGCCUCAACUGUUACCUCUGCUGUUGCUGCUGUUACCGCCGUUACAGUUGUGCUGCUACCACGGUAAUACGAAGAAGAGGGGGGGCGAACAUAGCUAGCCGCUGUGUGCCUACGCUACGCAGCCUUACGCUGACGCGGUGUACGAAUAUACGUAUACCUGGGUAGAUCCUCGAUGGGUUUCAAAUCGUAUAGAUUAGAGGUCGGGAACUUGGAUGCGGGUAACGGGGUUCUGGUCUAGGCUACGGGUACGCGGAUAAGGGGUGUUGGGCGUGUGCAUCGUUAUUAACGGAUAUGAAUACAUACAUAUGUAAGUGCUAGUCGUGUGCUGUGUCGUGUCGCGUCACGGUGCGAGGCGAUUUGAGCGAUAGAUGCGAUGAGUAGCUGAACCCAGCGCGUUUUCGUCCGUUUCGUUAGAGAGAGAAGAUUGAGACGCCGGUCUGGAUGCCGGGUGGUAGGCUGUAUGUAUAUGUAUUCUACUACAUGCCUGUUCGUACAGUUGUCAGAGACGACGGCACGCGGCUACACUAUAGAAUACUACAUACACCUACACGUACAUAUACGUUAGGCGCAUUCCUUACCGGAGGGCUAGGUAGCAUCACGAUGUCACACAGUGUGUGUAUUAGCGUAUACGGAGAACAUCUUGGGAGG